AAAAAGGCUGUGCUGGCAACACUGACUUUUGGUGUCGAAUUCGAACAGCUGAGAGAGCGCAAUGUUAAUCGAGAGGACAAUGGCAAUCGACAGCUGUGCGUGUGGUGGGCAGCAAAAUGAGUGAAAUGUGGGUGUGUUAAAGAAAAGGCGAAAAAAACCCGUAAUUUUAAAGCAAAAGAAACAUGUGCUGUGUGUAGUCAAUUAACACACAAUGGCCAGGAGUACGGGUCUGAGCCAAUUAGUUGCUAGUGGAAGCGGCCGUCUGGCCAUAACCAAAAAGCUGGUGCUGUGGUCAGUACUCGUAGUGCAAGUGGGCUUCAUUGGCUGCAUUUGGUUGCUGCAAAUGAAUCGGAGUCAGUUGCUGCAGCAGACGAGCAACUCACCGGAUUCAGGCUCGGGGCGUGUGCAUUUCGUGCGGAAUGCAAGAAAUACAAAGGUCAACAAGGAUCAAAGAAGAGGGCUGCAUUGUAUGCAUCGUGAGAAUACCAAUCGAUAUCAACAGGAUUUCUAUCAAAAAAAAAGCGACAAAUUCAAUCGGAGUGCAGAUUAUGCUAUGCCGGCUUAUGUUGAUUUGGAGUUGGCGCCAGCUCUCUGGUGCUAUCGGGAAGGCACUCUUAAUGAGACGUCAGCUCAGCGGAACGACAGGGAUUACCUAAUGGCGCAGCCACAGUGUCUGUGCGAUAGCGGCUGGCAUGGACGCGACUGUGGUCAGCCGGAGAUCAUCUGGCGGGCACUGAUGACGCACAGUCGCGCCAGCAAACGUGCCGGCUACGAGGCUCCACUGAAGCUGCACGAAGCGAGCGGGACGUCGGUGAAGCGACUCUUUUAUAUGUUGAAUCUAGGCGACUGGGAACACAUCAACCUGGAGCUGCUGCAUCUUCAGCUGCGCACACUCAUGGAGGUUGUGGAUUUCUAUCUCAUCUACUACUAUGUCAGAGACAUCAAGGAUAAUCUGACGCGACGUCAACUUGAACGCAAUCUCAACUCCAUGCUGAGCUUCAAUUACGUGCUGUACCAAUGCAAGGGACCUGGUCAUGUUAGCUGCACUGGAGCUGCUGUUUAUGCACAUUUCCGGCACCAAUUGUGGACACUUUGUAGUGUGCAAACACAGGCCACGGAUUUGCUGCUUUAUGGCGACCGGGAGACGCUUUUUUCGCCGGCAGCAUUGAAAUUUCUCAAAUACUAUGCGUCGGAUGUUUUGCCACUUCGUUUCCGGCUGAAGCAUAAUGUAUACGGCUUUUAUUGGCAACAUCCGAAGCGCACACGCCUCAGCGGCGUCAUUAGUUCCUUGGUGCAUCUGCACGCUGCCCAGAUGGAUCCGCAACGGCUGGAGCGCCAGGCGACAUACACACUGGGCGAUCUCAAUCAUUACGGCGGCUGGAGCUGUGAGCUUUGCUUGUCGCCGGAGCAAAUUGUGCUCAUGCUGCAGACAUCGUCAGUGGACAGUCGGAGCAUUCCCGUGCGGUUGCCCAAUCAGACGAGGAGUGCUCGCAUCGAUGCCAACUACGUACAGCAACUGAUGGGGACCGGAGUCCACUUGGAUGGCAGCACACAACUGCUCCGAUUGCGACAGCAGAGUGAGAAGUAUUUUGCGCCGGAUACGGCGACUCUGCACAGUAGUCAAUUUGGGCAAUUGCUCUACAAUAUGUACGAUGUGGAUGUCUUGGACGAUGUGCAGGAGGAUGAAGACUAAGACUAGUACUAAGACUCGGUUAACUAAUAAGCCUAAUCUGCUAAACAUACUCAUGUGGUUAUGUGCCUCUUUAAUCACCUUCUCCCUUAUCAUAAAAAAGUUUCGCUUCAAGCUAAACAUAUCGGAAAACUGCAUCGGUUUUUGAUUAAUUUAAUUCCAAAUUCAGUAACUCAGCAAGCAGACAGACAGGGCGACAGACGACAGACGUCGACGACAACGCCAUCUGUGAUAAUAAACUAAACUA